AUGCCCAGGGCCGGCUCUGUACAAACACACACAUUGUUAAGUAAAGGUCACAUAGAGCUCAUAACUGACCAUUCUGACACGUCCUAAUUAAAAAUAUUUGUUCAGUACGUCCUCCAUGACGGGAGCACAGACUCAGCUUGCCGCGCGCCGCUGGUGAUCAGCGGUGGUGAUCAGCGGUGCUGUCCCUAAGUGUUUUUAACUGAUUUACAGUUCGGCACUGUUCGGCUCGAUCUAUGUAGGACGUCUCUUCCUGUGACGGCACUCUCGCUGUUUUCCACGCACGCUGCCAUGUUGAUAUUGUUAGAGAACUAGUGGAGGGAGGGGGUGAGGAAUGGAGCGGAGGGAACAGGAAAUGAGCGAGUGAGCGCUGUAAAGAGGACAAAUCAGAAACCCCCUGGAAGAAGUGGGUGUGUGUUUGCCUGUGUCUCAUUUGCAUGUAAAGGGACCAUGCACCAAACCGAGCGUUCUGAAAGGGGCGGGUUUAGCAGGGUUAUUGAACUGCUAUGGUGCUUCAUCCUUGUCACAGACAUGUUCAUUAGGACACCAGGGAACUAUUUUAAUUGGGGAAAUAGGGUAUAAUAUGUCUCCUUUAAAGACAUUUUAAAGACUAGACUUUAAAAUGUUACUUUUUAGAUUCAGCAAAGGAAGCUUGUACUUUUUUGCUCGUCAUUUUCUCACACUGUAAACUUACGGGUAAAUGACAGUCACGUGUCAUCUUUUUUUCUUUUUCUUUCUUUUUGGUUGUCUGUGUGUGAGAGGAAUUGUCACGAAGUGAGCACAAAGUGUGAGUUGGCGGAGUAUGUAAAGCUUAUUUUCUUUUUCUCAAAUAAAAUGGGGUUUCAUUUGAGGUUCCAAUGAGGUGUCCUCAGUGAUGACCAAAGAAUAUUGUUCCUAAUCUAUGGGGAAAUUUACAGUACAAAAACUAAACCACAACGUCAGCCCUGUCAGUUACCAGGAACUCACCAUCUUCCUGUUUUAACUGCGCCUCCACGAUGUUGAGACCAACGUUCGUCUUCCUAAUUCUCAAAGUGGCUCUGACUCGUGCUGCUGAAGUCAUCGUGUUCCACGGGGAAACCGCCUUCUUGCCCUCGAGAGCAGACCCAGCGUGGACUCUCGAGACAAUUGAGUGGUCAACGUUCGGCAACGACACCCACAUUGCCACCUAUCGCAAGAGAGUCAUGAACUUGAACCGCACGAAGCAGUUUCGCGGAAGACUAAGUCUCAACAUCUCCACAGGUGACUUAACAAUUUAUAAUGUGACUGAACAAGACGCCAUGGAAUACAGUGUGCGCCUCAAGAACACAUUGAAAGAAAACUCAAUAAACAGUAACCAGCUCACAAUUCGACGUUUGGCAGAAAAAGAAAGAAACAAGGAAACUUACCCAACUGUUGAGACACAGAAUCCAAAAACACCAGGGGAGAAACCUCACCAGACACAGGUGAACCACAUCAGGGUGCAGCAGACAAUCAUGAAGGCGGGACAAUAA